GGGCUCUGAGUGGUGCGGGCGGGGUCUGGACCAGCAGGCGCGGCGUUUUUUGCGAGCUAAGGUCGGAGUUCUGCACCGGCGGGGGCGGGGCUCUGCGUAGCCGGGGCGGGCUCGGGAUCCGCGGGGCGACUCCCGGUCUGGCUUGGGCAGGCUGCCCGGGCCGUGGCAGGAAGCCGGAAGCAGCCGCGGCCCCAGCUCGGGAGACAUGGCGGGCGUUAAAGCUCUUGUGGCAUUAUCCUUCAGUGGGGCUAUUGGGCUGACUUUUCUUAUGCUGGGAUGUGCCUUAGAGGAUUAUGGCGUUUACUGGCCCUUAUUCGUCCUGAUUUUCCACGCCAUCUCCCCCAUCCCCCAUUUCAUUGCCAAAAGAGUCACCUAUGACUCAGAUGCAACCAGUAGUGCCUGUCGGGAACUGGCAUAUUUCUUCACUACUGGAAUUGUUGUUUCUGCCUUUGGAUUUCCUGUUAUUCUUGCUCGUGUGGCUGUGAUCAAAUGGGGAGCCUGUGGCCUUGUGUUGGCAGGCAAUGCAGUCAUUUUCCUUACAAUUCAAGGGUUUUUCCUUAUAUUUGGAAGAGGAGAUGAUUUUAGCUGGGAGCAGUGGUAGCACUUUAUUCUGAUUACAGUGCAUUGAAUUUCUUAGAACUCAUACUAUCUGUAUACAUGUACACAUGCGGCAUUUUACUAUGAAAUUUAAUAUGCUGGGUUUUUUAAUACCUUUAUAUCAUGUUCACUUUAAGGAAGACUUCAUAAGUAAAAGAUGAGUUUUAUUCCCAGCAAAUAGACCUGUCAAAUUUAGAUUAUGUUACUCAAAUUAUGUUACUUGUUUGGCUGUUCAUGUAGUCAUGGUGCUCUCAGAAAAUAUAUUAACCCAGUUUUGUAGACAGCUGCCACCUUAUGCAGUGCAUCUAAACCUUUUGCUUGGGGAUGUGCUUGGAGAGGCAGAUAACACUGAAGCAGGUCUCUCAUGGCCCAGGAAGGCCGAGGUGGAUCCCUCUUUGUGUUGUAGUCCAUGCUAUUCAAAGUGUGGCCCACAGACCAAGAGCCUCAACAUUUCCUAGGGCCUUAUUAGAAAUGCAGAAUCUGAAGCCCCACUCUGGACCCAGGGCAUUUUGAUGAGAUCCAAAGGAGUUGUAUGCACAUGAAAGUUUGAGAAGCAUCGUCAUAGAGAAGUAAAGAUCACACCCAACUUCCUUAUCUUUCCAGUGGCUAAACCACUUAACCUCUGUGGGUGUUACCUGCUUAUUUUGUUAAAAAAAAAAAAAAAAAAGUCUCACCUGCUUUCAUGCUGAGGACAGGUUCAGAUGUUCAAGCCUAUAAUAUUUAGGCUGUUCCUCAAAUUCAUGAAAAGUGUUCUCAGAAUUGGGAGACAGUCAAAGGGUACAAAGCCUCAGUUAGGAGGAAUAAGUGUGAUUUUUUUUUAAGAUCACUUGCACAGCAUGCUAAAUAUAGGAAUAAUUGAAUGUGUAUUUCAAUAUUGCUAAGAGUAGAUUUCUAAUGUUCUCAUAAAAAAGUUAAAUAUUUGAGGUCAUAUGUUAGUGUAAUCAUUCCACCUUAUAUUCAAAAAUCAUAACACCAUAUUGUACCCUAUAAAUAUAUACAAUAAUUUGUCAACAUAUAAUCAAAAUAAAAAACAAAACAUACUCCCUCCCCCCAAAAAAACUUCUCAGUGGGGAACAGGUGUAUCUUUUCAUCUGAAAGACAAUGCUGGGGGAGGAGGUCCACAGAGAUGCCGGCAGGGAGGCUGGGCUGGAGCCAGCCCCUGCGUUAGCAGGAGGGGGAGAAUAGAUAGAUAACUCUUUUACGUUUCCUUUAUGAUCUGGCACUUCUCCCCAGCUCCUUCCCUCUGCCCUCCGCCCCUACUCAACAGUUCUGGUUUGUCCUGACUUCUCUACAGCUCUGGCUUCUUCCUGAAGAGAUAGAGGAGCCAUGUAAGCACGCAGUGGGUGAACUGCUUAAUUUCCCUACACGUUGGUGUACUUACUGUCUUCCGUCCUGUAGGUCUUUUCUAUGUAACUUUAUGCCACCCUUAAAUGAAUCACUGGGUAUACAUGUCAUGUUUUGGAUCCUGUAAUCACAGUUUUCCCUGCUCACCUUUUUGUCUAAGAUCUAUUGAGAAAGGGAAAUAUGGGAAGGAGAACCAUUUGAUCAGAAUACAACCAAUAGUCUUUAAGUAUUGUUAAAGUAUGAAACUGAAAUACAUUCAAAACACUUAAUCAUUGAGGCUUGUGAUCUGAGUAAUUAGUGGGUAUGAUGCUGGGACUGGAAAAUAGAAAGUCAUAACUAAAGGGUUAAUGUGCAACAUUAUUUUUUGGCCUUGUGCAUGAUUUUAUGUUUUCAGUGUCCUGUGUACAUAUAGAAUUGUUAAAGUUGUUAUUUCCAAUAUUUAUAUUAGAAAAAUUAUUUAGAUACUUUAUAAUUUUAACCAGCAUUUUUAAUAAUGACACUUGCAUUUAUUGUAUUAUAAUAAAUUUCACUUUUAACUUUAAAA